AUGAGCAACUUCACUUCCCCAUCUGUGACUACCAUCGCCGGUACUGUCAAGAACCUCCGUGAAAGGAGUCACAGAUCGAGAUACAUCAACCUGCUAAUCCUCGCAAUGAAGUCUGAACUAGCAGAGGAAGGUACCCUUACUUUGCUGUCUCAAACUCUGGAGGACUUCGUUGGUCUGGAAAACAUGGAUCUCGCCAUGACUGUUUUCAACCUCCACAGGUUCUGCUUCAACGAACGUCAACUUCCAGGCAACAGCCACAGUGCAACAAGCUAUAGAAUGUUCAGACAGUCGAAUGCUUGGAACAUCGCUAGAUAUUACGUGGAAACAAUCCUUGAUUGGAAGCGUCUAUACGAGUUCCUUGAGUUGGCAGAUGGUAUCCGCCAGCUUGCUACGGCUUUUGCAUCGAUGCCUGACGCCGAGAUAAGCUGGAAAAGAUUGUUUUACUCCUGGCAUCUUACUACAUCAGAGGAAGCAAAAUAUGAAACAUCGAACACCAGGAGUAACAGCUACUUGCGACUUGUCCGGUAUCGAUUGUGGCAAGCCAGAUGCAGAAACGCUCCUGGGAGUGCGCCUACGGACAUCAAUGGCAACGCAAUCGACACAGAUUUCUUCAAUCGCACCCUUAGAGAGUUUUGGCAUCGAGAGCUUUCGUGGAGAGGACUAGAUCUAGAGUUACAAUACUCCCGAGGACGAGUCCCACAAGAUGAUGAUGCUCGCAUAAUUAUGGAGUGGUGGGCUCGUGAACUUAGCACUGUGAAAGUGACAACGUUCUGCCAACUGGUUCGAUUACAACGCCUGAUGCUCAGCGCUGAAACUGUUGGACUCGAGGAUCACCAUGUUAUAAGAAGGCUCCGGAACUCACUCAACUGGGAGGAGUUCAAUGUGCUUGGAAUUCAGGGGCACGUUGCUUGUUUACCUGUUGAAGAUGACGAGUACAAGAUGGAGUUCCUCUUGCAGUUGGCUGGAACGGCUAUGCAACUUUUCAACUUCUGGUAUCACUUUGACGGUCAUGGCAAUCUUGCGUGGUCCGACGGUUGGCAUGAAAGGUACCCUGUCUCUGGAUCGAUUGACCACGUCUCUCUCGACAUCGACUACUCAAUCGAUGAGGCAGAUGAAGAGUACGAGGAGGAAGAGGAGGUUGAAGAAGACGACUACCAUUUCUACAGCCGGUAG